CCGGGAUCCAACAGGAUGGAGGUCCUGUCCGCUGCUCUGAAAUAAACCGAAAUAAAGCCUCCAGCUCAGAGUUUAUACUCUCAGACCACCUAUUCUGCAGUAUCGCCCCCUCUGGACUCAGGGCCUGCUUUUCCAUUCUUUUAUUUAUAUUAUUCAUCAGUUUGAUCAUCAAUACACCUAUUGGAGUGUGUCGUCUAGGAGAUUAAGGCUUCCAGGAAUGGAGUCGAUGCCGGGACAGCUUCGAGACUCGGGACGGGAUGCCAGCUCUUCUCCCAGUUCAAAGCAUGACACCCCGAGCUUCUCCGGGUCCAGCUCCCUCAAACCCAACCAAGUGAGUGAGACCGCCCUGUACGGGGUGCCCAUCGUAUGUCUGGUUAUAGACGGAAAGGAGAGGCUCUGCCUGGCGCAGAUUUCUAACACCCUGCUGAAAAACUACAGCUACAACGAGAUACACAACCGCCGGGUCGCGUUGGGCAUCACUUGUGUGCAGUGCACUCCCGUGCAGCUGGAGCUCCUGCGGCGCGCCGGGGCCAUGCCCAUCUCCUCCAGGCGAUGCGGCAUGAUCACCAAACGGGAGGCCGAGAGGCUCUGCAAGUCCUUCCUGGGGGCGCACAGCCCCCCAAAGCUACCGGAAAAUUUUGCAUUUGACGUGACUCAUGACUGCGCCUGGGGCUCCAGGGGUAGUUUCAUACCAGCCAGAUACAACAGCUCCAGAGCAAAGUGCAUCAAGUGCACCUUUUGCAACAUGUAUUUCUCCCCAAAUAAAUUCAUUUUCCACUCUCAUCGCACCACAGAGUCCAAGUAUCUACAGCCGGACGCGGCCAACUUCAACUCGUGGAGGCGUCACCUGAAACUGACCGACAAAAAACAGUCUGACGAUAUUCACCACGCGUGGGAGGAUGUAAAGGCCAUGUUCAACGGGGGGAGUAGAAAGAGGACACUGCCCAUGGGUGGCUCGGGGAUGCCCUCGUCGAUGAAAUCGCAGGCCUCAUCCAGUCUGGCCCAAACCAGCUCCCCUGAGAUUCCUCGCAAAACUUUACGCUGCGAGGAGGAUCAGGGAAAUAACAUGAGCCUAGUGAGCGUCGCACGGACCUACCCAGUUAUCCCAGUGCCCAGCAAGAGCUUUGGCAUGAUUCAGAAAAUCCCCCCACCUCUGUUCCCCCACCACCCAUAUGGCUUCCCCAGCUAUGGACUGUGUCCGAAAAAGAGCGACGGUUUACCUGAUGUAAACAAAACCAGUGUGUCUGGUGUGUUUUGGCCUGGCGCUAAGGAUGCUCUCUACCCUGCUUUCCCCAUGUUUUGGCCUACAGCUGGGGGCCUACACAUGCCACCAUACCAGGGGUCUCCACCUAAAACUCUUCCAGAACUGCCAGGCGCCCGGCAGGCUGAGCUCGACUUAUCGGACCAAAGCGACCGGGGCGCCAACACACCAAAAGACACCAACCACCACCCGCACCAUCAGCAGGACAGUGGGGAGCGCUGCUCCAGCUCACAGUCCUCUUCCACCAGGAACGACGAGGACAAGUCCGGGGACGAGACCCCUCAGAGGAAAAUUAGCUAUAUUUCGGCCUUUCGACCUGUUGUGAAAGACGCAGAGACCAUCGCCAAACUCUACGGUAGCCGGGACAACUACGGUGCGCGCCCGGGUUACCUCUCCCCAGAUUUUAUCAGUGAGAGCUCCAGUUACAGAUCCAUCUCACCUGACAGGGACAGCGUUGUGGACGACGAUGACGACCUGGACGUGGAUGUGGAGUCCAACCAGGGACAAGAUGAGGAGGAGCCGAUUCACAUCUCGCCAGGUGCGGACCAAGUUUCCUCCCCUGUCCCGGACCGGGUCCCCUCGGCUGCUGAGGAAAGCCAGGAGCAACCGGAGGCCUCGAGCCCCGGAGCAUCAGCAGCAUCACCGGAGGGCUCCGUGCACUCUGGGUCAUCAGAUGAGGACCGACGGAUGCAUAAUGGCUCUCCUCUUCAUGAAGUUUACGCGCAUGAAAAGGACGGCCACGUGCGUCUAAGUGAGCCUUCGUCGUUCGUGUCCAAACACUCGAGCAGCCCCCGCAGAUCCAACGGUGCUCAUCACGUGUCUGAAAUACGGAACCAACGCAACGCAACUCCCUAUCAUGAUCAGAAGGACAGACAAGGCGAUGGGGCUUUACGCAUCGAUAUCAGCGUGCAUGAAAGAGAUCUGGAGAACAUGGCUAAAGAGGAAUUGCAGAAGCAGCUUGUGGAACAAGUGGAGUUGAGGAAAAAGUUGGAGAGAGAAUUUCAGCAUUUAAAAGAUAAUUUUCAGGAUCAAAUGAAGCGUGAGCUGUCCUACAGAGAGGAAAUGGUCCAGCAGCUGCAGAUUGUUCGAGAAGCUCAUGACGCCCUUCACCAUUUCUCCUGCAAGAUGCUCACCCCCCGGCAGUGUACCGGAGCCUGCACCUUCAAACCUCCACUGCUGCCUCCCUAGAGCCCAGCACCACCCUGCACCUGACCCAAGCACAGCCAAAAAAAACCCACACGUUCUUCUCGAGAGCUGUCAUGUGUUCACUUCACAACCGUAACCCGAGGAUUACCAACCUGCUGUAUAGAUGCACCUCUGAUUUUAGCACUUGAGUGACGACUCAGAGAAGGGACUGGCUCCGACCUCUCCUAAAAACAGAACUCUGGAGUAAAGGAGAUCUUAAAAUGGAGUUCAUGUUGUGCUAUGAGUCAAAGGAUUGUUGAUCUGACACUGCAAAGCUCAAACCAAGGAGUCUCACUGAAUCAGUCGUCUGCUGUUUAGCCUCUCUGAAAAGAAAAAACAACACUAUAUACAUAUAAAUAUAUAUAUCACGUGACGAUGUGCAAUGGCUCGUAUAAUUGUGAUAUUAAGUUCAAAAUGUAUCUCAUUAUUUCGCUUUUGUUGCUUUUUAAAUGUCUUGGGUUUUUACAUAUUAUUUGUUGUUUAUUGUUCUUUGGUUUAAUUUAUUAUUUAGAUUAUUUGCAACACUGUAUUUGUUGUUAAGCACUUUAAAUGGGCAACAUUUCUGAAUUUGACCAUUUCAUCUUAUACCAAAUUCUUUUUAUCAAUACAUGAGGAUUCUUUAGGUCUAAAAUAUAGCACAUUAUUAAGAGCACUAACUUCAAUAGUCAUUCAGGUUUAACAUAUAAAAAAAAGGUGACACAAACUUUGAAGCUACAAACUUUCACGUUACAUUACAAGUGAUACAUAAAAAUGAGUUGAGCCACUUAUAAAUAACAUGUACAGUUUAGACUGAGUAUUUUAACACAAAUUUGAUCCUAUCAUUUUCUCUGUUUCAGGGUUUUUUCUAUCAUUACAUGAAUCUGUGAGUCACAGCAGACAAAACCAAAAGCUUUUCUUCUCAUCUGAUGGUGUUUUUAUAAGAAGAAGACACUUUAUGACUUGUGUGUAAUCUGCCAUUCAGAUGGCUGCAUUUCAUUUUCUCUCAUUUGUUGUUUCUGACACAAUCUACCAAUAAUC